GGCGCGGCCUGCGCGGCGCGGCCUCAGCGCGUGGCGGCCCCGGCCGGCCCGGCCCGGCCCCGGCCCCGGCCCCGCAGCGCCGGCCCGGCCCCGCAUGGACCGCACGUAGCGCGGACACCCCAGCGACCGGCAGCGAUGCCGUCACCUGGGCAGACCCCGACCACUGGAAGCCCCCCAAGGACGUAGGUGACCCCCAGGGCGUGGAGACAGGGAAGAGCCUUGAAUCGUGAGGGGUUGUUAACUCUAAGAUGUCCUUGAGCAGCGGAGCUUCCGGAGGGAAAGGAAUUGAUGCGAACCCGGUUGAGACGUACGACAGCGGGGAUGAGUGGGACAUUGGUGUAGGGAAUCUCAUCAUUGACCUGGACGCUGAUUUGGAGAAGGAUCAGCAGAAAUUGGAAAUGUCGGGCUCCAAGGAGGUGGGGCUCCCGGCACCCAACGCAGUGGCGACGCUACCGGAUAACAUCAAGUUUGUGAGCCCAGUGCCGGGCCCUCAGGGCAAGGAGGGCAAAUCCAAGUCAAAAAGGAGCAAGACUGGCAAGGACAGUGGGAAGCCGACCCCGGGGUCCUCCCUGUUCACUCCCAGUGAGGGAGCUGGUGGCAAGAAGGAGGCUCAAGGACGCUCUGGGGAUGGCGCGAACUCAGGUGGUUUGGUGCCUGCCGUCACCCCGAAGGGCUCGGAGAAGUCGGCCAAGGCGUCUCGCAGCGUGGCCGGCUCCAAAAAAGAGAAGGAGGGUGGCUCAUCCAAAAGCAAGAAGGAAAGGAGUGAGGGUGCAGGGGCUGUGGUGGAGAAGGAGUCCAGCGUGCUGCAGCCCCUGGCCCUGGCAGUGAGGGUGGGACAGUAUGAUGGGGGCCAGGGGACAGAGCCUGCUGCUGCCGAGCAGCUUGGGAGUAUAGCUAUUGACACGGGAGCUGCGCUCAAUCCCUUGGGAGUUAAGUCGGAGCUGGAGGAUGGGGAAAGUGAGUGCCGGCAGCUGAAGAAGGUGAAAUCGGAGAAGAUGGAGUCUCCGGUCUCUACGCCCGCGGUGUUGCCCUUGCACCUCCUCGUGCCUGUGGUCAACAACGACAUCUCGUCGCCGUGCGAGCAGAUCAUGGUACGCACCCGCUCGGUGGGAGUGAACACCUGCGACGUGGCCCUGGCCACCGAGCCCGAGUGCCUGGGCCCCUGCGAGCCCGGGACCAGCGUGAACCUGGAGGGCAUUGUCUGGCAGGAGACGGAGGACGGGAUGCUGGUGGUCAAUGUCACCUGGAGGAACAAGACAUAUGUGGGGACGCUGCUGGACUGCACACAGCACGACUGGGCUCCUCCCCGGUUCUGUGACUCUCCCACCAGCGACCUGGAGAUGCGCAAUGGCCGGGGCAGGGGCAAGCGCAUGCGCCCCAACAGCAACACGCCAGUGAACGAGGCGGCCGCCGCCUCGGACAGCAAAGGGACCAGUAACAGCAGCAAGACCCGGGCAGGAGCCAACAGCAAGGGGCGCCGGGGCAGCCAGAACUCCUCGGACCACCGCACUCCACCUGGUGGCACGGCCGAAGACGUGAAGGCCAGUCCCUCCUCCGUCACCAAGCGGAAGAGCAAACCCCUCUCUGACAUGGAGGUGAACUCCAGCUCGGAGGACUCCAAGGGCAGCAAACGCAUCCGCACGAACUCGAUGGGCUCAGCCACCGUGCCGCCCGCCACGGUCAAGGUGGAGCCGGCUGUCCUGGACCGCAACUGCCCUUCUCCCAUCCUCAUCGACUGUCCUCACCCCAACUGUAACAAGAAGUACAAGCACAUCAACGGGCUGAAGUACCACCAGGCCCACGCGCACACAGACGACGACAGCAAGCUGGAGGCGGACGUGGACAGCGAGUAUGGUGAGGAGCCCUCCCUGCACGCCGACGUCGGGAGCUGCAAUGGGGCCGCCGGCUCUCAGAAGGGCUCACUCUCGCCAGCUCGCUCGGCCACUCCCAAGGUGCGCUUGAUGGAGCCCCACAGCCCCUCCCCAUCCAGCAAGUUCAGCACCAAGGUCCCCUGUAAGAAGAAGGUGGGUGGGGAGGGAGACACGGACCCAGGUGCUCUGUCCAAUGAUGGCUCUGAGGAUGGUCCGUCGGUGGCUGAUGAGACGAGUAAUGACGACUUUGACUCUCUGGAGAAGCGAUGUGUUGAUAAGGAUAAGUCAAAGAAGGCCUCUGGUGCUAAGCAGGAGAAGAUCUCUUCCAAAAGCUUGAAGUCUGCCAGACCCAUUGCACCAGCCAUCCCCCCGCAGCCAAUUUACACCUUCCAGACCGCCACCCUCACCACCGCCAGCCCCGGCUCAUCCACCGGUCUCGCCACCACCGUGGUCCAGACCAUGCCCAACAGCCCCCAGCUCAAACCUAUCCAGCCCAAGCCAACAGUGAUGGGAGAGCCCUUCACUGUCAACCCUGCCCUCACCCCUUCCAAGGAAAAGAAGAAGAAAGACAAGAAGAAGAAGGAGCCCAAGGAGGUGGAAAACCCUUUGACUCCUGGCAAAGCCUGCAGAGCGGAGGAAGGCAAGAGCCCUUUCCGGGGGGAAUCCAGCGACCUGGGAAUGAAAGGCGAGGGGCUGCUGAAUGGUUCAUCUGACCCCCACCAGAGCCGGCUCGCCAGCAUCAAGGCUGAGGCGGAUAAAAUCUACAGCUUCACCGACAACGCACCCAGCCCCUCCAUCGGCGGUGCCAGCAGGCUGGAGAACACCAACCCAGCCCAGCCCCUGACCCCGCUGCAUGUCGUCACCCAGAACGGGGCAGAGGCCAGCUCAGUGAAGACCAACAGCCCAGCCUACUCAGACAUCUCCGACGCUGGGGAGGACGGGGAGGGCAAGCUGGAGAGCGUGAAGGCGAAGGAUCCGGAGCAGUUGGUCAAGGAAGGCGCCAAAAAAGCUCUUUUCCCCCCACAACCUCAGAGCAAAGAGUCUCCCUACUACCAAGGCUUUGAAACGUACUAUUCCCCAGGCUACCCCCAGGCUAGCCCAGGUCCCCUGAACCCCGGCGGGCAGUCCGUGGCUGAGACACAGGCCUUGAAACUGAAGAAGGACGAGGAGCAGGAGAACCCAGACGUGAAGGUGAAGAGCGAAGGCUGCGAAGAGAAGAAGGCAGAGCUUGGUGGUGGCUCCAGCCAGCAGCCCUCAGUCAUCCAGCAGCGCCCCAACAUGUAUAUGCAGUCCCUCUACUACAACCAGUAUGCCUAUGUGCCGCCCUACGGCUACAAUGAGCAGGGCUACCAUGCUCACCUGCUGAGCACCAACCCUGCUUACCGCCAGCAGUAUGAGGAGCAGCAGAAGCAGCGGCAGAGCCUGGAGCAGCAGCAGCAGCGGGGACUGGAGAAGAAGGCAGACCUGGGCUUGAAAGAGAGGGAGGCAGCGCUCAAAGAGGAGUGGAAGCAGAAGCCACCAAUGCCACCGACACUGACCAAAGCUCCAAGCCUCACGGACCUCGUCAAGUCAGGGCUGAACAAGCCCAAGGAGCAGGGAGGUCCUGACAUGGCCAAAUCUGUCAUCAUCCCCAAGCUGGAGGACUCGUCCAAGCUGUCUGGCAGCCAGGUCGCCGAGGGGCUCAAGGUGAAGCUGAGCGAGGCCAGUCACCUCGGGAAGGAAGCUGCCGAGACUAAGGCUGGCUCUGAGUGUGGCCGGCAAGCGGAAGUGGACCCUGUGCUCUGGUACAGACAGGAAGCCGAGCCCCGGAUGUGGACGUAUGUGUACCCGGCAAAGUACUCGGACAUCAAGACGGAGGAUGAGCGGUGGAAAGAGGAGAGGGACCGAAAGUUGAAGGAAGAAAGGAGUAGAAGCAAAGAAGCCACAUCCAAGGAGGAUGGGAAGGAGAGCACCAGCUCCGAGUGCAAGCUGACCCCCCCUGAGGAGCCUCGCAUGGUGGGGAAGGACCCCAGGCCCAGUGUUCAUGUCCCUGUGUCCUCACCCCUCACGCAGCACCAGUCCUACAUCCCCUACAUGCACGGCUACUCCUACAGCCAGUCGUACGACCCCAACCACCCCAGCUACCGCGCCAUGCCCACCGUCAUGAUGCAGAAUUACCCAGGAUCAUACCUACCCUCCAGCUAUUCCUUCUCUCCGUAUGGGAGCAAGGCAUCUGGCAGCGAUGACAGCGACAAGUCCCGAGCCAGCCCCAGCGUGAGCUGUAAAUCCAGCUCAGAGUCCAAGGCCCUGGACAUCCUGCAGCAGCACGCCAGCCACUACAAGAGCAAAUCACCCACGAUAAGUGAGAAAACAUCUCAGGAGCGGGACCGCAGUGGCUGUGGGGUGGUGGGGGGCAGCGGGAGCUGCAGCAGCGUCGGGGGAGCUGGAGCAGGAGAACGGAGUGGCGACCGACCCCGCACAUCGCCCUCCCAGCGCCUGCUCUCGACGCAUCACCACCACCACCACCUCGGGUACUCGCUGCUGCCGGCGCAGUACAACCUGCCCUAUGCAACAGGUCUCUCCUCUACAGCCAUCGUUGCCAGCCAGCAAGGCUCUACUCCCUCCCUAUACCCACCUCCCCGGAGGUGAGAACGGUAAGGCUCUGCUCCUGCUGGGAUGGGCACGAAGGGGGUGCCCUCAAGGGUUUAGGGUCCGCCCAUCGCCCCAGGGGCUCGCGGGAGCUGACUUGCCCUUGGGUUGUGGCAGGACGUGAAGCACCAGGAUGCCUGGGCUGUACAAGACAUGUGACUGGCUCACAUGGGGAAGCGCUGGAGACUCCUUUAGACAUCAGUUGAAUGGUGUUAAUUGUUCUGCUUGACGUUCCUGCCGCGAUCCGAGGCAGACUCUGUCUUCUCCCCCCUGUCGGACACACACUGACUGCCCCCCACACCCCCUUUGGUGAGUGGGUGAGCUGGUGCCUGCGGAAAUAUUUAUUCUACUGGGCACCAGCGCUCGGGAUGGAGGCGUCUUGCCCGUCUGGUGCAUAUGAAGAGGAAACAGAAGCACUGAGGUUUCUUGAUGGAUUUGGGACCCCACCGUGUCUCUUCGAGCUGCUGCUUCAUGAUGGGACUGGGGGCAGGUGGGGGCUCGGAGUGUGAGGCUGAGCCUGCUGUGGGGUCUCAGGAAAGGAAGGGCUGGCUCACAUGGAGCCACAAUGGGCUUGGGGGGGGCUGUUGUGAGCCUGAAGGUGGUGUCAGCCUGGCCGGAGAGAGCCGUGGGGCACGGGGAUGUGCUGCAUGUGAAGCUCUCCCUCUCCCAGUCCCUCAUCUGGUCCUGCAGCCCACAGCACCCACUGCUCUGUGCCCAUGGGCAGGAGCCACUGGUGUGGCCAAUGGCUGGAGCAGGGCUAGGGAGCUGGGGGAGCUCUUUGCCCCAGUGAAGCAGCCACUGCCCCGGAGGGCCAGGGCUCCAUGGGGCUGGGGGCAAGUGGGGCACAGAGUUGGGGGCUGUGCCUGUCACCCCACCUGGGGCUGCUGGGGUACCCUGUGCCGUGCACAGUCCAGACCUGCCUGAAGCUCCUGCCCGUCACUUUCGAAUUGGUUUCUGAGCUGUAACUCGGCAACACCCCCAGCCUUUCCUCUGCCCCCCUACCCUGGCAAAUGCUCCCUGAACCCUGGGGCAGCAUAUCCUGCUGGGGGGUGGCUGUAGCUCCCCUUUUUAUCCACCUUUUGCUUUUAGGGCGGCUCCCCCAGGCCGUGGGCAGGGCGCAGCGAAGAACAAGCACACUUAGGUUCUGCCAGAGGCACGUGGGGCUGUGCUGGUCCCUGCUCUGGCCUCGUGCCGGGGCUGGGGGCACCAGGCCCUGGAGGAAGCCGGUCCCUGCUCCCGGCUGUUCCCUAGCACCGAGGACAGGGGCUUUCUGGUCCUCUGCCCCCAGCCCCAGAGCAGCUCUCCCUGGGCCGAUGCUCUACCUCGGCCCCGCAGCGGCUGGGCCGCCCCAGCUCUCCCCCCUCUCCUGCUGCCCGGCUGGGGGGACAUGGGGGCCGUGGGUCUCGGUCGUGUGUGUGUGUCCAUGUCGCACCCGGCCCCGAGGGCCGCUGUACGGGGAUGCUCUGCCCGCCGGGCUCUGUACAUACUGUAAAAAGCAAUUGUUUGAAA